CAGGUUUCUUCUUUGGACCGAUGCUUGCCGUUGUUUCUUGUUUUAUUUUGUAAGCACAGACCGGAAGUGGGACAGGUGUCUCUGCCUGGACGCGACGCGUCUUUUCCCUCCUGCAGAAUGAGUGUGACGCUGAUCUGGGUUCUAGAGGAGAACCGCUGAGCCGGGUCACACCGGGAGAACAGGUAUUCUCCAGGCUGCAAAUCCAAACAGCGCCUCCAUGUGGUGGGAAACGGCUCUACUCCUGAUUUACAUCCUGGAAGCUGCAGUGGCGUCACCAUGCUGGCAGGGGGCAACCUUUCCAGAGGCGGUGGUAUCUCCAGCAGUGGAGAGCAGCAGGAUCAUGCGUGUGCCCGGUGUGGCCUCCCUGGAACAAUGUGUGGUGGCGUGUUGCGACCUGCCCGGCUACAACCUAGCCUGGCUCUUUAAGGGACGCUGCUACAUCCUGAGCUGCCAGCAGGGGGCGAACUGUCAGCCCCAGGUUAGGCCAGGGGCUGACUCUGUGCUGGCGUUCCUGCAGAGGGCGUCCCCGCAGUCCCUGCUGCUGCAGUCUCUGGUGAGAGGAGCACCGUAUGGUGGCAGCUGGGGGUCCGAAAGGGACCUUGAGCCAUUGAAGGGCCUCGCCCUCUUUGAUGGGCCCCGUGCGGGCCAAUCAGACCCUGGGAUGGGGGGUGUGGAGUACUCAGAGGGCAGUCAGGAGCUGCGGGGCAGAGCCGGCCCAGAAGUGGAUCCGACCCAGGACACGUUCAACCAAUCACAGGAAGAGGGUUCUGAAGGCGAGGAAGCAAAGAGCAACGUGACCCAAAUCAGAAUGUUGUCUGACAGCAAGUCGGGUCACGAGGACAGAACCGAAGCACCAACAGAUGCAGCUGUUGCAGAGAAAACGGCGAAAACCCAGAAAACUGCAAUUCUUCCAUCAUUGGCACGUGACUCCGCCCCCACACCUGGCGCUGACUCCGCCCCCACACCUGGCGCUGACUCCGCCCCCACAUCUGGCGCAUACUCGGCGCUGACACCUGCUGUUGGAUCUGCCCCCACACCUGGCGCUAACUCCGCCCCCACACCUGGCGCUAACUCCGCCCCCACACCUGGCGCUGGAUCCGCCCCCACACCUGGCGCUAACUCCGCCCCCACACCUGGCGCCGACCCUACCCCGACACAUAGCUAUGACAUCAUCAUCACCAGAGUGAACCCAGGUCCCUCCCUGGCAGCGUCCCUGGGAAACCCUGUGGACAUCAGCGCUGCUACAACAUCAGAACCGAGCGGUUUCUCUGAGGCUGGAAACAAACAUGCAUCAGACCCGGUAAGGUUCCUCCCAUCUUCAUCGACCGAUCCUCUGAUUCAGCGUGUGUCCUCUGACCACUCCACCAUGGGAACAUGGGCUUCUGCUACUGCAGCCAGGAGUCUUCCUCCGGUCGCCCACGCCAGCGGCAGCCAUGUUCUCACUCUGCCAAACAACUCUCUGGUCCUCAAAGGCUCUGUGACCGAUGGGGACCAGACCCAGGUCCGGUACCAGUGGACCAGGGACAGCCAGAGCCCAGCUGCCGGGGAGGUUCUGUUCGGCUCAGAGACCCAGCCGUCCCUCUACCUGUCGGACCUGGUUGAAGGGACCUACCUGUUCCAGCUGAGGGUGACGGACGCUCAGGGCCGCUCCAGCUCAGCCACGGCCACCGUGGAGGUCCGACCAGAACCUGGUGGCGGCCAGCAGGUGGAGCUGGAGCUGCUGGUGUCGGUGUCUCAGGUGAGCGUGGCUCAGCGGGACGCGGUGGUGGGACAGCUCGCCACAGUGAUCCAUGUCCUGGAACGAGACAUCUGGGUCCGAGCGCUGCAGAGGAGGACUCAUCUCAGUACGGUUCUGCAGUUCUCGGUCCAGGGCCCCGCGGGGCCCCUCGCUGCCUCCAGCCUGGUGGUUCUGCUGAGGAAGCAGCUGCUCAGAGAAAGGAGCGACUUCCUGCUCUUCAAAGUGCUGAGAGUCGACACCGUCGCGUGCGAGCUGAGCUGCUCGGGGCGGGGCCAGUGUGACCCAAUCACCAAGCAGUGUUCCUGCGACCCGUUCUGGACCGAGAACCUGAUCCGGCUUUACCUCGGCGACGGACAGAGCAACUGUGAGUGGAGAGUCCUGUACGUGAUCCUGAGCAGCUUCCUGAUGAUGGUCUUCAUCCUGUCGCUCAGCUGGGCCUUCAUCUGCUGCAGCAGGAGGAGGAAGCGGACCAAAGGCAGGAAGAAGACCAGGUACACCAUCCUAGACGACAUGGACGAGCAGGAGCGGCUGGAGCUGCGACCCAGAUUCAGUCUGAAGCACCGCAGCACGGAGCACAACUCCAGCCUCAUGAUGUCCGAGUCGGAGCUGGACAGCGACCAGGACGCCGUCUUCAGCCGCCCGGUCCGCAACAGGAGCCGCGUCGGCUCCCAGCCCGGCCGCAGCGGCAACGCCUUCGGCUGAAGGACUUCCUGCGCUCCUGGACCGGGUCUGAGGGACGUCUGGGGUUCAGAGAGGAAGCAGCUGCAGACGGUUCUUUCCACCAGAACGUCUGGUUCUGAGGAAUCAGACGUAGAGACGCACCGUCUCCCAGCAGCUUCUGGUUAAACCGCCAGGCUGACUCUAACCCUGAAGCCUGUAGGGGGCAGCACCGAGCAGCCCACUGCUGCCCAGGACCGUUCAGGUUCUGAUCCAGAGGCCCGUCUGGACCUCAGACGGAUCCUUCCUUCGGUAAAACUGACCCAGAUGUGAAUGUUCUGCAUCUGGACCGCCUAAUGAAGCCCAGACCAGCUUCAGCGCCGCUUUCCUCGGUUCUGACGGACACUGAGCCUCUGGACCUGCAGCAGAACCGCACGACCCGGAACCCGGACCUGCAGCUGGUUUCAAGAACCGAUGGAGACGAUCAGCUGGACUGAGAUGUUCUGGCGCUGCAGCUCCCAGCCGCCUGACGACCCGUUAAAGUUCCUGGUCCGACCCAGUUUAACGUCCUGAAGGUUCCAGUACCAGAGGUUCCUCCUCUGGUCCAAUACGGUUCAGAAAAACUAAAUAAAAUAAGGCAAUAAGACGCGUUUUACUCCCACCAGUUUAAUUCAGAUCAAACAGAAACAAAGAUUACUGGAAUCAGACGAUUCACCUCCAUCGGAUCAGAACCGGCCUUUAAAGAACUUCUUGAUUCUGAGAUCGACCAACUCAGAAAUACAUUAGUGACCAUAUUUUCAAAAAAUGUGGCAUUAAGAGCGUGAUUGCUCCGUUAAGUUUUUUAUAAGGACUUAAAAUUAUCCCUCAGCGACCGCUAGGCUGAAAGUGCAGUUUGGGUCACAUGGUACGGUGACGUAGAUGAAGCUCAGGCUACGCUACAGAGAGAACAACGGAGAACACGACGAUAAGUUCAGAUGCAGAUUCACAAAGUGAUGAUUUUAACAGGAAAGACAGACGAACAUCUGCAGCUUUUCCACCGUCUGCCUUCAGUAACGUUCCUCAGGACCGGCGCGUUCAGACCCGAUCCGGUUCCAGGAGCAAAACCAGUUCAGACGUUUCACAUCGGCACCGAGAGGAAAAACCCAAACAGGACAAAGUCCCGGUUCCACUGGCUGCCUUCAGUUCUCUGAGAUUAAAGUCAUCAUGAAAGUU